CGAUUCGGAGCUUGGACGACCACUCAAUGACUUCCACUCCGUCCACUCGGUGAUUACCAUUCGUUCAAUUCCCCGCAAAAAUAAGGCCCCGUCCACCAUGGCACGGCUCUCUGGUCUACAGCGGGAUGUCUUAUCCCUGUACCGGCAGUGCCUGCGCGAGGUCCGCAAGAAGCCUAUCGACUCCCAAUCCAAUUUCAAAAACUACGCCCGAGCGGAAUUCCAAAAACAUCGCUCGGUGAAUAAGAAGGACUUUAGUGCCAUUGAAUAUCUUCUACGAAAAGGUCAGCGUCAGCUGGAGAUGUAUGCGUCUCCGGGCAUUCGCAAUAUCCGAUGAGAUUGAGAGGAUCUGGAUCUGAUCUUCUCCGGGGUUCCCUUCCCUUCGCCCAUCUGAGUCCCCCCUCAGGACUUAGAAGCUGUCCGAUUCUUUCCGACACGAGGUGAUGUCGGGGGUGUUGAGAUGGUGACCGUCUACUGUACUAUAGCUAUCCUGGUCGAGGCAAGCUUGGCCUCUGCCUGUAAAAUUAUUAUUCUUGCCCGGUAUGUCUUUCAUGUCGGGAAACAGAGAUAUGAUCUUUACCUUAGUCUUGAUACACUAUCUUAGUGUAUAUUGACUCUUAAUCACCAGCGUUGGACGUUGAUGUCUAUGGUAGUAAAACCUAGUUGUUUCUAUACUUACUAGUACUAAUAUAUGAGACGCGCAGCCUUGUGCUCCCCUAACCAUGCCCCACAGAUCAGCCAUAAUCGAAUCAAUUGAACUCCUAUUGGCGAAAUGGGAGGAAGCUUAUAUUGAGCCGCCGUGCGGUAGGCAAAUUGACUGAAAAAUUUGUAGUAGUAGAUCCUAAUGAGUAUUAGGUAGAAACUUUGAAAUAGGUAUUGCAAAUAUACUGCAAUUCAAAAAAGGAAAUGUCAACAGAGAGCUCGAUUUGAGUAAAGCCGUUAAGAUGAAAGUGAGAGCAACCGUUCAUAGCGCGGAUCCUAAAGGUGAUUUAGCGCCUGAUACCUUGACUAUCUGCCUGAGAGUCUUCUCCUAUUCAUCACUGUUAAGGAUAUCUUUGGCUUAAAGAGUUCCAACGAGUGAUA